AUGGCUUCAAUUGUCUGCUCUUUGCGCGCCGUCGCUCGGCCCGCGGUCAUGCGCCUUGCUCCCCGCGCGGCCGGCCGCUCCUUUACAACUUCUCGCUUGGCGCUCGCCAAGAAAUUCACCAAGGACCACGAAUGGGUCGACCUCUCCGCCGACCGCAAAUCCGCCACGAUUGGCAUCUCCCAGUACGCAUCCGAGCAGCUCGGCGACGUCGUCUACGUCGAGCUCCCCGAGACGACGGGCGACUUUGUCGAGGCCGGUGACGCUAUUGGCGCCGUCGAGUCCGUCAAGUCAGCCAGCGACAUCAACGCCCCCAUCAAGUGCAAGGUCGUCAAGGGCAAUGCGCUACUGGAGGAGAAGCCGUCCACAAUCAACCAGGUCCCCGAGGACGACAGCAACGGCGGCGGCUGGAUUGUCCAGGUUGAGGUGGACGAGCAGGGCGCCAAGGAGUUUGACGAGCUGAUGGAUGCCGAGGCCUACAAGGCUUUCACAUCCGAGUAA